GUUCGACGUUCGUUCACAAGUAAAAUGGCGGCGAUUAAUGUGAAAGGCGAAACGUUGUCUUAUUUCUAGUUGUAAAUAAAGUAAUUGGUAAUCUGAAACGUUGUUAUUGUUAUACAUAAGGAGGAUGAAUAUAUACAAAGUGGAAUUUGCAAAGUGAACAAUUGUAAGCAUUGAAAAAUCCAAGUGAUUCUACACAAUAGACCAAAACCCGUCGCAACGAGCACUCGAGGCCAUAUUUAUGAUGUUAUCUGUUGUGUGAGCGUCCUCCGAAAGCACAUUGAUAAAUGUAUGCAGAAAACUAAGGCGAUGGGGUUUUGUUUAUGUGAAGAUUGAAUUGACAUCAUGAGAUCAAGUGCUGCAAAUUAGUGUUUGUAAGAAUACAUUGACGUGUGCUACAAACUAUGGAUGAAAGUGUGGACAUCUACUGACAUAUUACAUACAUUGACACUUAACAUAACAUCACGGAGGUGGUAAUGGAUCCAGUAGGACCAUGGUCAGCAUAUGCUUCGUACAAUCGAUUAGCAGGGGUUCAGGCUGGUGCUGCGAGUGGGGACUUUCAUCACCACCUCACAAGUGGUGGUUCAGGUCUAGGCGGCCAGUCAGUACCCUCCACAACCAGCCAAUUGUUAUUACAAGCAGCGCACACAACAGCCUCUUUGGCAGGGCAAUUAGGUUCUUCGACAGCCUCACCCUUCAACCCUGGAGGAUUUCUAUCCCCGCCUGCGGUAGGGUAUGAUGCAGUGUUUUCACCACUAUUUCAUCAUGCCAACCCGAAACCUGCACACUAUAGUUCUUCACUACAAGCUCAACACCGGCAAGUGAUUGCUCAAGCUCAGGCGGCAGUUGCAUCGAAACAAUCCUCAGUUGAAUCUGAACUUUCCUCAUUAAGAGAAAAUUAUUCUCAUCAGACACUAGCUGCACAAGGGACAGCUUCCUUCUUUGACCAGUCAUCAACACCAGGUGGAGCUGGUGGAUUAAGUUGGCAAGGGAACAACCAACUACCGAGUCCAUUUGGAAUAUUACCCCAUGAGAGUGUAGUGCCCUCAUCACCAAGUCCAGCAACAACAAAGGCGUCUACAACUUAUGAUAAUUUUAAUGCACAUUUUGCUGCUGCCCAAACCCUCAAUAACCACCUUAACUCUCAGAUUUCCAGUGCCGGUAAACAAAGCAAUAGGUCAGGUUCCCCGGCAACUGCGUCUAAGCAGCCAGCUUCUUCAACGUCUUCAUCAACAUUUUUUCAAUCGCCUUCAACAUUCGGAAGUCAGACUGAUAGCGCAUAUAGUUCGAGCAGUGCAAAGAGUGGACAACUUUCGUCACAGCAGGACUAUGCCGGAAAACAACGGGGAAAUGCGUCUUCGGUAGCACCCUCUUCUCAGCAGCAGAAUCUAAACAGCACUUCACAAGACGCUACUUCAAAAAUAAUGGAAAAAAAAUUCAAUGUGCCAGUCACGGGCCCCGGAUCAGGUUUCAUGGCUUCUUAUUUGAAAUUUUUACAAGGAGAGCGUGAUACCUCUCCACCGCCGGCCGGCAGAGGCGCCAGAAAGUCCACGUGGUCGCGCACCACCACGAAUAAUACGAAUAAUAAAAUUUACAAUGACCACGUGAAAUGCGACGGAAACGCGCAGAGUUCGAACGGCGCCAUGGGAGCGAACGUAAUAAACUCGGCAAUGGCCCUCGGCAACCCGGCGAUGACGGCGCCGAGCAUGAGCUCGGCGGGCCUGAUGGCCGCGAGCCAGCUGCAGGGCGCCUCGGCGAAUCUCCUCGGCUCGCAAGCGAAGGGGAUCGAACUAGACGAUCCCCGGUAUUACAUAAACAAGGACAGAAAGCGCAAAUAUGACGGUAGCGAAGAGGUCGGGUACGACGCGGAGGAGGAGGCGCGGCGGCUGAACAAGCCGGUGCUGAACGUGCCGAGCACGCCGCUCAGCGACAAGGGCAAGAAGGCGCGCGCGGCGAGCAAGCCGCCGGCGGCCGUGGUGGCGCCGCAGCCGCAGCCGCCGUCGCAGUCGCAGCCGCAGUCCAGAAGCCGAGAGCGCCCGCGCCGCCGCCCGUGGCCGCGCUGCAGGCCGCGCCGCAGCACCAAUACUAUUACCAACACCAGCCCGACGAAGUGGCGCACAGCACAAACUUGGGCUACGGGUAUGGGGCGGACAACGAGAGCAACGCGAGCCGGAAGUUGCAUCACAUUAAAUCGCAUCAGCAGCUCGGCUCCGGACAGGUCGACAGCUCCAGGCCCGGCCAGAUUGAGGAAAUGCCCUAUCAGACUUAUAUUGACCGUUCGGCGCAAAUUGGUGUUUGAUGGACGUACAAUCUACGACAAUGUCGACCACUGUUUGUCGGGAGAGUUUGUGGCAAUUAAGAGCGAGUUAAACGAAAUGUGGCCGUCCAUCUGGAGAGUCGACGGCAAGACGCUGCUGCAGAAAUACGAGCCCUUUGAGGAGAAUGGCAAAGUUUUAUACCGGAACAUUUCUACGUAUGCGGCAUGGAACCCCGAAAAUAAAAAGCUGUACACCCAAGUGUCCGUUAAAGUUAGGUCUCAAUCCCAUUUGGAAACGAUAGUAGAGCUAGUGAGGAGCGAACUACAAUUCGACGACUGCAACUUCAUAGAGAAAAGGAUGCUGGAAACUCAGAUGUACCAGGAGAACUUCGAAGUUUAUAUACAAACUUUAAUAUCACACGCGUUAGACCCCAAUUUUUUGACGGAAAUCUUUCAGGAACAAGACGAGUACUUCCUGUCGAACGUGAAGACGGUGGACGAGGUGACGGAGACGAUGCGCGGCGGGCGCGCGCUGGACUCGGCGCUGGGCACGUGGCCCGGGCUGAGCGUGGCGGGCGGCGCGGGGGCGUGCCGCGCCUGCGCGCGCGCGGCCGUGGCGCGCCUGCUGCUGUACGGGCAGCCCUACAACCCCGCCACGCUCGAGCCCGUGCAGCCCGACGCCCGCCUCGCCUACGAGAAGGAAUUCCUCGUAUGCGCGACGUGCUGCGGCCGCGUGCAGCUAUACUCGCGGAUAUCGCACCAGAAGUACCUCAUGUACGCGGAGUGCAGCAAGCGGGUCGCCGAGAAACGCAUGCAGAACCCCAGCAAGGACACCACCGUCAUACUCAACGAGCUGCUGGCGGACGAAGUCUGGCUGUCGCAGCUGUUCCGGGACGUGCGGCACUCGUGGGCCGAGGCGGAGUCCUGGGAGCGCAAGCUGCGCCACGCCUGCCGCCAGAUGUAGGCGCCACCCACACCUCCCGUGCGCACCACACACCGUGCUCCGUGAUACCACGAGAUAGUGUAAUCAUGUGGCAAUAUUGUAGCCUCAGAGACCCAUUUCUCGAAGCUACAAGUUACAAUUUACAAUAUGACAGGUUGG